AUGGCAAUCAUACCACUCGAUGCCCCCGCCAUUCCGCAGGUGCCAUUCGUGACCACGUUUGUCACGGCGCACCCGAUCAUCACCUCCGUCGUCGCCAUCCUUCUCCUCCUGUACAUCUACUGCUACCCGUACACCGAGUACACCCUCGCAUACCGCAAUGUCCCCGGCCCCCCGUCCAGCAGUGUCCUGUUUGGCAAUCUGCCAGACAUUGUGCACGACCAGACCGUCCCGGCGCCGAUGCAAUGGUUCAGGCAAUACGGCACCACCAUCCGGUACUCGUACUUUCUCGGAGCGCACCGGUUCACGACCACGGAUGCCCGUGCGGUAGAGUUCAUCGCGCAGCACACGGAUCUAUUCGUGCGUCCGCCGCAGCUCUCAAGGGUCCUCGGCUGGGCUUUCGGGCACGGCAUUCUGACCGUCGAGGGCGAAGCGCACAAGCGUCAGCGGCGUGUUCUGAACCCCGCGUUUGGCGCCAAGGCUGUCCGCGGGAUGAUGCCCAUUUUCUGGGAGUGUGCGUACGCGCUGUCUCAAAAGCUCGAUGGUUUCCUAGACAGCAGUAACGAUGUGGUCACUUGUCCAUCGCCACCGGUCCCUGUUGACCGCGUGCCCGGUGCACGCAAGAUUGAUGUCCUCAAGUAUCUUGGCCAGGCGACGCUGGACAUCAAUGGCCGUGCGGGCUUUGACUAUGAAUUUGGGAGCCUCGAGGAGCGACCCAACGCCCUUGCCGAGUCGUUCAACAGCAUCUGGACAGAGAUGAAGGUCACCAUCGUCGCCAUCCUCAUCGACUGCUAUGCCGAGAAACUCCCCCUCAGAGAGAUCCGGCUCAUCGAGCACUACCGCGGCAAGACGAGGGCCAUUGCGGACGACAUUGUCCAGCGCAAGAAGCGUGACCUCCAGGCAGAGUUUACUGAAAAGAUGGACCGCAAGACCAAGAUGGGCGACGACCUCGUCACUCUGUUGCUCCGCGCCAACAUGGUCCCCGACCUGCCGGCCUCCCAGAAGCUGUCAGACGAGGAGGUCCGUGACCAAAUCACCAACUUUAUUCUCGCCGGCAACGAAACCUCUGCCACUGCGCUGGCUUGGGGUCUGAUGCGACUGGCCCAAAACCUUCGUGUUCAGCACAAGCUCCGUGAAGAGUUGAUGGCCGUCACCGAGGACCAUCUUGACUACGACGAGCUCAUGGCCCUGCCAUACCUUGACAAGGUCACACGCGAGAUUCUCCGCCUUGACCCACCCGUCCCCGGCGCACCGCGCAUGGCGGCCGCCGACGUAGUCGUCCCGCUCGCGACCCCGAUCCGCGGCCGUAACGGCAAGAUGAUGGACCACGUCAAGCUCCGCAAGGGCGACCAGCUCGUCGCGUCCAUGAUCGAGGUCAACCGCUCCAAGGAGCUGUGGGGCGAGGACGCCGACGAGUUCAAGCCCGAGCGCUACGACAAGGAGCACCCCACCACGCUCAAGGUGCCCGGUGUCUGGGGCAACGUCAUGACCUUUAUGGGUGGCCCGCACAACUGCCUGGGCUACCGGUUCGCCCUUGCCAUGAUCAAGUCGAUUCUGUUCGUGCUCAUUCGCAACUUUGAGUUUGAGGAGCUGCCGAGCAAGCCGGUGUUCUUGUACAAGAUCGGUGUGGUGCUCCGCCCAUACGUUGAGGGUGAGGAGUCGGCUGGACUGCAGAUGCCCCUCCUGGUCCGGCCAGUGCAGCAGGCAGAGUGA